AUGAAACCACACAAUGUCACGAAGGAUCAGAUCAAGCUUAGGGCAUUCCCUUUUGCAGUGCAAGAUGCAGCCAAAGACUGGCUCUAUGACCUCCCACCGGGGACGGUGACUACUUGGGUAGACCUUGCAAGGUUGUUCUUGGAUAAGUACUUUCCUGAAAUGAAAGCUUCAGCCCUACGGAGGGAAAUUAUCGGAAUCAAGCAACACAAAAGAGAAGCUUUCCACACAUAUUGGGAAAGAUUUAAGAAACUUUGUGCCCGUUGUCCAAAGCACGGGAUUACCGAGUAUCAGAUUCUACAGAACUUCAUUGAAGGCAUGACCCCAAUGGAAAGAAGACUUCUCAAUGCUUCUAGUGGUGGAUCUUUACCCGAUAAGACUCCAACCAAAAUCCGCAAUCUAAUCAAGAACAUGGCUGAAGAUUCCAAACAUUCAAGCCAUGAUGAAGAAUGGUACACGGAUGCACCUCGAGGUGUAAAGGAAGUUCAAACUCUUCAGAUUGAAGCUCAAUUUUCCGAGCUCACAAAAGUAGUAGUGAUGCUUGCCAAAGACAAAGGUCAAAUCAGAGAGGUUAUGAGCAACCACGAGGUGAUCAGAGAUGGAACAAUAAUCAGAUCAAGGCAUCCACAACAGCCACCUCCACAAGCAGGUUCUUCAAGCAUGUCUCUAGAAGAUAUUGUCAAAAGCCUUGCCACAAGCACUCAAAGCUUCCAACAAGAAACCAAGGCAAGCAUAAAAAUCUUGGAGCAACAAGUGUCACAGCUUGCUAUUUCUGUAAGCAAACUAGAAUCUCAAGGAAAGUUGCCCGCCCAAACAGAAACGAACCCAAGGCAUAAUGUGUGUGCCAUUACUUUGAGAGGCGGAAAUAGCUACAAUAGUCCAAAAGUGCCGGUUGAUCAAGAAGAAGAAGAAAUAGUGAUCGAAGAGGCAACCAAAUAA